AUGGUCAAGUACGACGUAGCAAUGCUAGACGCCUGGGGACCAGCAGUCUGGGGCGUCAUCUUCGACCGAUUACAAUCUGGAAGUAUCAAAGGAGGCGUAUUCGCCUGGUCAAGUAUUGAGAAGAAAACAUCAGCCCAGCAAAUCCAAUGGGCCACCAAGUUACCUCUAGCCCGACUUCCCCAGCAAAUCCUCGAAACGAUAUACGACCGCUUCGUGGGCUUCCCCGUCCGAUACAUGGAGGCAAGCAAGAUCCACGCUUUACACGGACUAUUAAAAGGAGCUCUUAGAUCAAGCAUGAGCAAAUGGUUGAAAAGCCCUCAGACACUGGGCAAGAUGCGAGCCCUGAUCCGCUCAUACAAAGACUACGACGAGGCAAUGGCCCAUCUGUCGCAACGCGCUGCAUCAGUAACAGACAACCACCCUGCAUACGAUGCUGCACGGGAAUGCUCUGAAUGCCUGGAAUUCCUGAUCGACUGGGACAUUGUAAAAUGCAGCGGAUAUGAUCAGUCAGGCCGAAACUGGAUCGAGGCUGCAUUGAAUGGUCUCAACAUGAAAUUACUCACAUACCUGGUCAACGAGGUAGAUCCUAAGCAUCUGCUAAACUGCAGAGAUAUCCGAGAACCAAACGAAAAUCACAUCCUCCUCUCUCUGGCCGGGAUAGACGCAUUCCCGCAAUUCGAAACCGUCCUCACAAGACUAAGCCGAGUCGGUCUCACGCCAGUCCAGGAACUGCGCAAGAUCUUCCAUGAUGCAGCCAUGCACGAACUCUGUGCCAGCGCACCCGUCAGCGUAGCCAAAGCCCUCUACCAACACGGUAUCAAUAUCGCGAAUGUUAAACAUCAAUACCACGAGCUAGGCGGCCAGCUAGAAUCUUCCUGGCAUAUCGCUGCAGCCUUCAAUCCCGCCGGUCCAGCAUUCAUGAAAUUCCUCCUUAAAUACUCCAUGCUCACACCAGACAUCCGCAACUCGGAAAACAUGAAUCCACUCAUGUACGCCGCCUGCUUCGACGAACCAGCUUCCAUCGCCUGGCUCUGCGCACACAUAGACCCAACACUACCUAGACUAGCAGGCGGUCCAAAGGGAUACGCACUUAUCUGUGCAGCACGCAGCUCCCACAUGUGCAGCGGGGAGAUCUUCGCAACCAUCCUCUCCCACCUCCCCUCCGACCUAUUCACACUUGAAUACGGCAAGGUAAUCGGCAGCGAAAUCGCCGAUGGCCUGGCAGCCCAGAAACGUCGUCUGAAAGACGGCCGUAGCGUCGAGCCAACGCAGGGCGUUAUGGAGCUUCUCGCUGUAAGGAAGAUGCAAGCGCUCGUUCGCCGUUUACCGGCCGAUUGGCCUGGAAGCGGGUGGUAUCUGGCGCUUGAAGCAUUUGUGAGGGAUCACAAUGUGUCGAUAUUGAAGCAUAGUAUGGGCACGGUGACGAGGAAGCUUCGUAGUGGGACCUUGUUGGAUGAGUGUAUGAAGCGGUUUCCGGAUAGUCCGUCGCUGGGGCAGAAAUUGCAGAAGAUGAAUGAUGAUAAUGUGCCGAUUGAUAUGAGGGAUAUUGAUCCGUUGCUAGGGGUUGUGAGAAGGGAUUCGAAGGCGAAGGAGGCGUUUAGGAGGGAGAUGAGGAGGAAUAGGCCUGUUUAUCUUGCUGCAAAGAGUGGGGGGAGACCGAGUACGAUUGGGAGGAUGAGGGAUUCGAAGUAUAUCGUUACGAAGAGUGGGAGGAGUGGAAGGAAGCGAUCUUUUGGCUGGGGGGUAUAG